AACUUCCUGAGGUGGCAAAGCUUUGCAGAGGGAUCGUGUGGAAGAGAAACCGUGAACAACUUCAGUGUUGUUGGGAUGAAAAUGAGUCAUGUUAAUGCAACCGUGCAGGAUGUACAACCUGUAAAAGCCUGUACCAGCAAACAUUUGCCUGUCUUUGUGAAAGGGAUCUGCCUACUUGAAACAAACAAAGAGGAAGAGAUGGCUUCUCUAGAAAUUCUGACUGUCAAUCAUUGUGAUGAAACAACCGAACACUUCAUUAGUGAGGAGAAAGCAAACGUUGAACACCAGUUCUUCCGUGGUGGGAGAGUGACAUGGUUGAAUUUCUGGCUUGCUGAACACAAGCAUGUUGGAGAGGUAAUUGAACGAGAUGCUUAUGAAGAUGUCUCCAAACUUCUCAAGAAUGCUCUGAAGUCCAAUGCAGAACAGACUCCGGUGAAGAGUAUAAGCAUCUACCAUCAUCCAGGAAGUGGUGGAAGUACUGUGGGAAGACAAGUGUUGUGGAAAAACAGGAAAGACCUAAGGUGUGCAGUUGUGAAGCCUUCAUACUCAGCUGCGGUCGUGGCGCAGCAUGCUGUUGACCUCAGAGAAUAUGAAGAAAAGGAUCCACAGAGGUGUCUUCCAGUGCUGCUCCUCAUUGAAGACUCAGACCAAGAAUAUCUAGAUGAUCUCAGGAAUCAAUUAGAGGUUGCAAUUAACAGCAAACAAAUCCAGUACGGAACACUGUGUUUCAUUUUGUUGGGCUGCAGUCGAUCCUAUGAUCCAGAGAAGAGAUGCAAUGAGUCUCCUUUACAAAAUGUCUCUGUCACUCACAAGCUGUCUGCUAAAGAGAAGAGAAUGUUUGUUGGAAAACGAGAGGUGCUCGAAGAACAAUACGAGCAUCAGUUCAUCCUGACUUUUGUUCUGAUGAGUGAAGGAUUCACUGAUCAUUAUGUUCAAAAGUUUGUGAAAAAUUUGCUCCAAGACAUUGACCAUCAAUCUGCUGUCACUCGCCUCAUUCACUAUGUAGCACUACUUAACAGUUACGUCCGAACUCAUUCAUCUCUCAGUCCCACUGCGAAGCCUUGCUAGCUUUGAAAAUGUCAAUGGAAAGGUUUCACCAGUAUGAGUUUGAGAGACAACUCAGUGAU